AUGCCUAAGAAGCGUUCUUCCAAGAAGGAAGAUAAAACGAAGUCUACGUUUGGCGACACGAUUGCGAAAGAAGAAACCUCCAAUUCUCAGCUUGGAGAUACUAUUGAGAAGACGGAAGAGAAGCCCAAGAAGAAAAGGCGUCUCAAGAAGGAGAAUGAUACCGCGCCAAAGAAACGGAAAACCGAUGUGAAAAUCAAUGGAGAAGGGGAGGAAAAGGAGGAAAAGGAGGCUACAACCACAAAGACCAAGCCUCUCAAAUGGGCGACAGAUGCCAAAGUCAAACCUGGGAAGACAGCGGCCGACGUCAAGAGCAGUAAAACAAAGGAGACGAAGACCACGGAAACGAAGGCCCAUGAGGAGACAGAGCUUAGUGGACUGACUGUAGAGGAGAUUGCUGAGAAUGCAAUAACUCGCAAAUCUCCAGAGCCUCGCAAGAAGUGGCAAAUUGUGGGACCACCCAUUACUGAGGCGGAUAAGGUGCCCGACGGGUGGACUGUCAAUGAGGAUGAUAUUGAGGAGUUCGAUAUUGAAGCAAAUAUUGAGCGAAAUAUCGAGAGAAUUAAGGAAGGAAUUUUGCCUCAGUUUUUCCAGAUUCGUCUUAUGCGUUAUGAGCAGAUGAAAAAGGACCGGGAGACCUUCGAGGCAUCUGAACCAGGCGUCACUUGGAGCGUACGUGUUCGGAUUGAUACAUUGAAACGCAUCGAAACCAGCCUUUCGCAGGAUGGAGAUCCAGAUAAUCAGCUACUCAACGUGAGAGCGAUCAUAGCAGCAUACCGUAACAAGGGUUUGGAAUGGAAACCACCACUGGUUACUUACUGGCUUCGUGGAGAAAUUUAUAAAGGGCCAGAGGAAUUUGACUCCAAGAACCUGGCUCGCUACCUGGAGGAUUUGGCGCAUCCCAAGUCAUGGUGGGUUGAAGGAAUGGAUGGACCAGGUCCCACCUCCAUCAAUUUUAUAGAUGCCUUCACCCCUCUAUCACAGGAAUUCUUUAUGCACGAGAUUCGCCUUGCGAUACGACCAGCUGAGAUGCCUGAUCAUUUGAAAGGAAGCAAUAAGUAUGUUGAAUACGACUUCCUCGACGACACCGGAUCGCCAAACAUGCUUAUAUACGAACAAGAUCGCUGGGAAAUGGAAAAUAUUUGCAAUUACGUCUGCCAGGAGAUGGGUCAAACCUUCGUUAGCACUGCUGCUGGGUCCGCUACUAUGCGAGUCAUUCACCUGGAAGUCAGUCUAUUAUCGAAUCCCAUGAAACUUCAACUUGUCCCCUGGACCAAAGUAGCUUGCUAUAUAAUGCCCGGUAUGCGCCAGGUAGGAGAACCCAGAAUAAGCGGCAUCUGGCUUCGUCACUUACUAUACACCCUCACCCGACCGGAUAAUAAAGGAAUGUUAUUUCUCAGUGAUGAGGGAUUCUGUGACACCGUGAAUAUUAUGUAUCCGGUUCAACCUCGACCUCCGCCCGCUCAUAGUUAUUUCCCGAGACGUGGAGCAACAGAAGUGCAACAGGAGCAGAUUCUGGGUUAUGUUCCUAAUGUAGGGCCUAUAUUUCGAGAUGAUCUUCCACCUGGUCAUUGGUACGGUUACUCUCCUCAGGGCUAUCCGGGAUACUUUCCUCCUCGAAAUGUUAGUCCGCUCCUUGAGGAAAUGGGUGCAAAAGCACAGAAUGGUGGAUUUUUGAGGCGGAUGUGGCGGUUCUUCACACCUCCGAGACAGGAGUGA